AUGUUUUCAUAAAUAUUCAUUCUCUCUCCCAGAGGUGACACCAUCAUCAAUCGGGAUUUCAGAUCAGAUUUACCUAAAUCCACACCUGAAACCUUCUUCAGACAGGCUAAAACCUACUCAGGAGAUGCCAAUCCUUUGUUUACUGUAGAUUGCAUCCAAUUUGCUCAUAUAAAAAGAGGAGGUUCUCUUCUCAUACUUAAAUUUAGGAUUGUACAUUGUUGGCACAUCCAGAUUCAACUUACAACCAGCUAUGUCAUUAGAAUUAUUGGAUCGAUUAGCCAAGGAAAUCAAAGAUUUUUGUGGAGUCAUCAAUGAAGAAGUCCUUAGAAAGAAUUUCAUCUUAAUCUAUGAAGUCAUCAAUAUUCUAUUUUUCAUAGAUUCUAGAUGAAUCCUUUGAUUUUGGCUACCCUCAACUCAUGGCUACAGAAUAAAUCAAACCACUCAUUGUGAAUGACCCAAUUCAGCCUUAACCUGAUUCAGUCAUGAACUCCCUGAGACCAAAGAUCCAAACAUUCAACAUUUUUGUUCCAAACACCAUUGGAAGUCAAGCUGUCUAGCGAUCGGUAUUAAACAAAAAUUAAGCAAAUGAAAUUUUUGUUGAUAUUUAUGAAAAACUCAAUGUUCUCUUUAAUUCUAGUGCAUAUGUUAUCAAUUAGAGUAUCGAAGGAUGUGUAAUCUAUUUUAUCAAUAUAAUAGAUACAAAUGACAUCAUUUUUACAAGGAAAUCCACCGCUAAAAUUGGCAUUGAAUGAAGAUCUUCAAAUUGGAAGAUAACAAGGGCAAUAUUCAGCUGGAGUCACUUUGGUAUAUAUUAAUUAAUAACAUAAUAAAGGAUGAUUGCAAUUUCCAUGAGUGUGUUAAUGCAAAUGAAUUAGAUAUGAAUAAAACAUUACGUAUACAACCACCUGAUGGCUAAUUCGUUGUUAUGAAUUAUCGUAUAAGUGGAGAUUAUGCUGCUCCUUUUAGGCUGUUUCCCAUUAUUGAAGAGGUUUCCUCAUCUAAAAUUGAAGUAACUAUCAAAUUGAAAGCCUGCUUUGAUGCCAAAAUAAUUGCAUCUUAUGCGAAUGUUCGAAUUCCCAUUCCAAAACAAACUGCAAAUGCCUAUCCUGAAUUAGUUAAGAAUGCUUAAUUGGAGACUGCUGAAUACGAUUCAAAUAAAAAGAUGGUUGAAUGGUAGAUCAAGAAACUUUGUGGUGGCUAGGAAAGAUCAUUAAAAGUAUUAAUGAAUUGUUAUAUAUUUUUAGAUUAAAUUAACUCUAUAGGCUACAUAGACUGCUCACACUGCAAGAAAAGAGAUUGGCCCUAUUGCUAUGAGCUUUGAAAUACCAAUGUUUAAUGUAAGCAGAUUGCAAAUCAAAUACUUGAGAAUUGAGGAGAGAGGCAAUACUACCAAUCCUCAUAGAUGGGUGAGAUAUAUCACAUAGAGUAGUUCCUAUGUAUGUAGAAUCUGAAAUUAAAUUAAUAUG